ACCCAGCUGGUUCUGUCUGUACUCUUGUAGAGUGCUGCACUUUUUGAUUUCCUGAUAUUUUCGCGAUUCUGUUCCUCCCUGAUUCCUUUUAUUUUUCCGAAGGACUAUGCAUUGUACAUUUUGAGCACAGAAAGAACGUUGUGUCUGUGUUUGUUGUUGUCCACUCUGCACUCCGCGCUGUCAACGGUCGCUCGCGGUUUUCCUGCGCCAGAGCAGAGUGCAGUGGUGCUCAGUUCCUGGUGCGCUCUCUGGCUCUUGCAACAUCUUUUGACCGUGAAUUUCUGAGCAGAUCGUACCGUUGGCAUUGAAGGCAGUGCGGAGAACAACGCACAGCGGAGAUACACGUCUGAUUGUUCAACGGGAAUUCGUGCUAGCCGUUACGGCGUCACAAAGUUUCUGUACAGUACCCACUACCCAGUACCCACUUCGUUGACAGCUUUUCCAUCCUGAUCAUCAUUGUCAAUUUGAUUGACUAUUUGCAACUUUUCGUCCUUUAAGUUUACCUUUGUGGUGGAAUCCUUGCAUCCCCGAGAAAGUGCACAGAUCCGCUGUAUUUUUCCGCAACACAGCGCAGGCCGCAGUGAUGCCGGAAGUGGAGGUUGUGCCCGCGGCGGCGGCGGCGGUGAAGACGGAAAAAAUUCCUACACGGAAAAUUUAUUGCGCGUACUGCGGCUUAACCGAGCAACGAUUCCUGGCCUACUGCGGUGCGGAGAACUGCCAGAAGUGGUUCUGCAACGGUACUCGUGAUGGUCUGAAUAAAAGCCAUAUCGUUGCCCAUUGUGGGAAGUCCAAGCACACGUCGGUGAUGGUGUUCCGCGGGAUCCCAGCGGGAACCUCCAAGCGCAAAAGCCAAUCCGUGGACUUUAUCGUCAAAAACUGCACCUACCAGCCGAAAUGCGCCAAAUGCAACUCCAACAACAUCUUCGAUCUGGGCACGGAGGAUACCGCCGACCCGUACAAUCCCGCACGCACCUGGUGCCGCAAACACGCCGUGGUGGAGGGGAAAGUGGGGAAGAAUCAGUGGAAUACGCUGGUGGCGGCGCACAAGGAGGACGAGAAGGCGCAGCAGCCGGAAGAGGUCUUCUUCAUCCGGUUGCCGUACUGGUUGAUGCCUGUCGUGCCCAAGGCCAGCAUGAAGGACAACCGGGAGUGGUCGCUGAAAAUGUGGGGUCUGGAAAAGCUAGAGAGGGAGGUGGAUAUUCUGGAGGAGUUUUGGCGCUGGAAGCCGGAAGGGACCAAAGAUGAAUUUCUGGACUGGAAGACGGCCGUGGAUAAUUUUGUCGUGACGCGGAGGGUUGACUUUUCGGACCGGCAGGAGUACGCCGCGUACUGGGACAGUCUGGUUAUGGAACUCUCUCGCCAGGAGAAAGGCACCGUGGAAUCCCUGCCGCCGAUGCGCAACCUGGAAAUCAAAUGGAUGAGCGCCUACGAUAUCGAAGUGAAAGUCCCGCAGGGUAUCUUCACGGAAUUCCUGGAGAUCGGGCGUCCCAUGGAAGUUUCCUGGAUGAUCCUGAAGGACGGCGAAGAGUACUCCAUGUGGCAGCGCGACGCCACCAUUUCGGCCCUCCGCCAACUGGAUACCGGGCAUGUCGUCGUAGUGCACUGCCUGUCGGCCGUCAAUCCCAGUCAUCAUCGUGUCAGCCGUGAACUGCGCUUCCGCAUGGUGUAUAAUGAUGUGAAUUAUUGGCGGAUGAACCAGGCGCUGUACAAACUGGAACACGAUCCCAGCUGCGUCUCCCAACAGGUGCUGGACAUGCUGUUGGGCCGCGUGGUGAUGACACAGGAACUGCUGCAUGAAUGGCGCUCCAAUUUCGCUUCCACGGCGUUGGAAGCGGCGGAAUGGGAGAGUGAUGGGGAAGAGGACGAAAAAACCGUUGCUGAGGCCCUGCCGCGCACGAUGAACGGGAGUCUGGGCAAGUUCGUCCCCCCGCCCUUCCACACCGAGUACGUGGAUGCCGGGAAUGAGUUUCGCAGCUACAACUUUGACCAGAUGAUUUUGCCGCGGCUGAAUCGCCGGCUGAACGAGCGCCAGCGGCUGGCGGUGGAUAUGGCGCUGAAGGCGCCCGUGUGCUUAAUCCAAGGCCCACCGGGUACCGGGAAGACAGAAACAGCGGCGGCCAUUGUGGUCAAUUUUACCAAGGAUCCCAUGGGGAAGAUUUUGGUAUGUGCGCCCAGUAACGUGGCCAUUGAUCAUCUGACGCUGAAGAUUGCCAAGAUCAGUAAAGAUAUGAAUAUUUUACGAUUAUUUGCGCAUACCCGCGAUGUGGAGUGCCUGGCGGAAGGGGUACGCAAGUACACGGUGUUUAGCAAGUUCAAAAAGGAGCGUCCACGGGAAGCCAUUACGGAGGCGGCGUUGCGGGUUUAUGAGAAGGAGUGUGUUAGAAAGGCGAAGAUUGUGUGCUGCACGUGCAAUAGUGCCGGACUGAUGAGUUUGGAUCGCGUUGCUUUUCCCUACGUGUUGAUCGACGAAGCCGCACAAGGAAUGGAGCCGGAGUGCUUGAUUGCCAUCACCCGGGCAUGCGAAAAGUUGGUGUUGAUCGGCGAUCCAGCACAGUUGGGCGCCGUUGUCCGCUUUCCCAAUCUGCAGAAAUCCCAGCUGACCACCUCGCUGUUCCAGCGCCUGUGGAAGGUGUGUCCGUGGAUGAUCCUGACCCAGCAGUAUCGCAUGCACCCGGCUAUCUCCAAAAUGAUCUCGCAGAUCACCUACGAAGACCAACUGGUUAAUGACCAAUGCGUCCUGGCUCGUACAUCCGCAUCGAUCCUGCUGAACGACAUCUUCGGGAUGAUUGUGCCACUGCCGGAUCUGGUCCGCUACCAUGAACUGCUCUUCGCACCCGACGGGAUGAUCUACGCACGGGAGGGCAUCAUUCCCAUGUUGUUUGUCAGUUUGGCGCGCAAUGACGAGCUGUCCGGCAGUGGGACGUCGUUUGUCAAUAUGGCGGAAGCGCACUUCAUUGCCCGCCUGGUGGCCAAUAUUCUGCACGAGGGCCAUGUCUUCUCCAUCCCGGGCCUGGAGAAGCCCCACCCGGAAGAGAUUGGCAUUAUUACCUUCUAUAACGGACAGCGGCCGCAGCUGGAAAUCGAGCUCAAAUGUCACCCGCGUAUCAACCAGCGCUUCAAGGAUAUCGAGAUUAACAGUGUGGAUGGGUUCCAAGGCCGCGAGAAGGACAUCAUUAUUUUAUCGUGUGUUCGCUCCGCCGACUCAUACCGCGGCCGGCGCACCCUUGGCUUCACCGACGACCCGCAGCGCCUGAACGUGGCCAUGUCGCGCGCGCGCAAGGCCCUGAUCGUCGUGGGCAGUUGGCACAUCUUCUAUCAUUCCGACAUGUGGCGUCGCUACUUCCGCUACAUUCCCGUCAUCCAGGCGGAGACCGUGUGCCAUCUGCUACCGCUGCCCUGCAGCACCAAACCGCCCUGCAAGAUCUGCCCGGAUGAUCAGGGGCUGCGCAUCCAGCAGGCCAUGGUCAAUAUGGGACACUAGUGCUUUUUUGUAUUUUGUAACGCUGGUCGUUCAUGCUGUAUGUUGUGCUUUCACUGGAAUUAACUGCUGGUCAAACCGUUAUCGCGCUUGUCGCUUGAUGAUGUGGGGAUUUUUCUUGGGUGGAGUUUUUGUUGCUGCGUUUUACGUCUUUUUUUAUCGCGUUGCACCGCUUGUUAACCACAUUCGGCCUUUUUUUGUAACGUUGAAAUGGGCGGAGCAUGCUGAUUCGCUGACGGCGGAACAGGAGCGAGCUUUUUGUGGGAACUGCUCAGCCGAAGUCGAUUGAAUCGACUUUUUGUUCAGCUAAAAUAAAAUUACUAACAAUACAUACGUGAUACGUUUGUGUUAUUGUAAUUGCUGUUCGGACCCCCAGACCGCAGUUUUAGCGGUUUAACACGCUUCACGCUGUGCACAAAAUUUAAGAAAUUCAUUCGUCAAAUAAUUAUAUU